AUGUCCAGCAGCAUGGCUGUUGAAGGUCUUUUUUUGGAAGAAAAAAGAUUCAAGCAGUACUGUGAAGAAUUUGUUAAACAUUCACAGCAAAUAGGGGAUGGCUGGGAGUGGAAAACUACCAAGGACUUUGGUGAUGGUUAUCUCAGUAAAACACAUUUCCAGGUAACAAAUAAAAGCAUCUCACCAGAUCUCAAGGCGAAAAACAAUAACAUUGAACAAAUGCAGCUUACACAUGUUGAAGAAUCUUUGGAUGAUUCUCAAGUGGCUGGAGUCUGUGCAACAGAAGAAGUAAUUCGCUACGAGUAUCAUGUCUUGUAUUCCAGCAGCUACCAAGUGCCUGUGCUUUAUUUUAGGGCUUGCUUUUUAGAUGGAAGACCUUUAACGCUGGAUGAAAUUUGGAAAAGUGUUCAUGUGUGCUACCAGGCUCGUCUGCAGGAAGGACCAUGGGACACUAUCACACAGCAGGAGCACCCCUUACUUGGACAGCCGUUUUUUGUUCUACACCCCUGCCGGACUAAUGAGUUCAUGUGCUCUAUAAUGGCUGCUUCACAAAAAGACAACAGACACAGAAAUUACAUUGUAUUGUGGCUAAGUACAGUAGGCCCAGUUGUGGGUCUAAGUCUACCCUUGAGUUAUGCAAAGCUAGGACUUGAAGAGUAUACAAAUGCCAAAAUUGAGUGAAAUUUUAUUGAAAGACCCCUGAGCCUGAAGCCAGGUAAUACAGCCAUGUAGUAAAGCUACUGCAGACUUUUCUGGAGAAGAAACAAACACAGACUGAAGGAAUUCUGUGUGAUUGGUAAGCAGUACAACGCUGAAAGAUAACUGUUCAUGACUCUUUGUUGGGCAAGCACUUGCGUAAUUACAGGUGAAGCCUUAAGAGUUGGCUGCAGUUCUGAUGGCAUCUCCCAGACACCACCAAUACUUGUUCUGCCUGUGACAGCACUGACCCUCUGAAGUCACUCAUUUUCUUCCUCUGCUUUACUGUGGCUAUGGCCUUAAUAGGGCUUCACACAAAUGCACAAACCUGCGGUUCCUGGAUACAGAGUUGAAAUGCUGUGUUUGAGUCUACUUUCAUGUUUCUACUGCAUAGUGUGUGAGAAUAUGUACACAAAGGACUUGCAGAAUGUGGUUUAAGAUUGUAGCAAUCCGUGUACGGGACAUUGCCUAGGGACCACCUUCUUUAGCAUACACUGACCCUCAUAUUCCACAUUACACACAUAAAAUAUCCAAAUCUCAGGAUUAUAUUGUUACUAAGCAGGUAUGGUUCUAGAGUUCAAGGUGCCUAAUGCUAUCCUAUGAGAACAUCAGGCUUUUAACCUGCCUUGGUGCCUCUGAAGGAGGCUUUGCCAUACCCUACGGGAGUAACUUGUAGUCAAAUUAGUAUUUAUCAUUGUACUAGUUGUUUUCACUUUUUUGUCUCUAUCCUGCAGUCUUUGCACAAGCAUCCCUUGACAGCUGUUGAAGUUUGAGCAAGUAGGAAUCACAUAGUAGUGCAGUCAGUGAGAAACAGACGUAACUUCUGUACAAGCCAUCUUGGAUUCCUUCCCAAUCACAUUUAUGUGUAAUAUAAAACAGACCACUAGUCCUAAGCAGGAUGGAAUUGAAAAUUUUACUUUUUAUGUUCAGCAUUAUCUAAUGUAUGCCACAUCAUAGCUGGAAAUGUAAGAUACAGCAGUUUUCAAUUUUUUUUUUCUUGAUAUUAUAAUUGGCUGCAUAUUUUAAAUUUGCAUCAUAUGUUUUUAGUGGAUUGAAAUAAAGCCCUUGAAAUUUCA